AUGCUGUCUUGUCCGUUUAGUGAGCAAAACUGUCAUUCCGCCAUUCCCCAGUUCGCGCAGUUUCGCGCUCAAUCUACGCCAUCCGACUUCCCAUCUCAUCCGGCUCUCUUUUGGUCAUAUAUUCCCCCAUUGGAUUCGUUGCUUUGUCUAUUCCAUCCCCCAUUCGCUCUUUUAGCUUUCUGCUUCCAUCCCGUCCUAUCCAGCAUGAGUGGCAUCGCUCUCAAACUCACAUCUUUGUUGGUCCGAACAGUGGCCAAACCGAUUGCCCUCACGUUAAAGGCGCAGGCCAAAGAGCACGAGGCGUUCCGAAAUGCGUGCAUUCGAGUGGCGCAGACGGUACAUUCGACCGAUGUCAAGCUCCGGAUGCGGCUUUUGGGCGAAAACAGAAUCAAGGUGCGGCCGUUGAACGAUAAAAAGGCCAUUGAAAACGGCGCCAACUUCCUCCUGGAGUUUUUCAUUUUCCUGGUUGCCGGCUCAUUAAUCUUCUACGAGUCGUACCGGGCUCGCGUCAAGAGCCAGAACGAAAAGCUCACGGUGAAAAACGACAUUAUCGAUCUCCAGGAAGAGAUAACCACAGUCAAGGACUUGGUGGAGAAGCUUUGCGUGGACUUGGAGAGGCUCCAGCAAGAUGCAGAGAAAAUCGUCCAGCCUAAAGAAAAAUAG